AUGUCGACCUCUAUCGCAAAGGCUGGUCGGCUCAAGCCUGAGGUCCGGCUAGGCCAGGCCAUUUCAGAGUUCCAGGGGGAUCUCUCGUCACUACAAAAGGCCACUUUUCGCACCCACCAAGCAAGCGCCACGCCUCCAGGGAUUCGUGAUGUGAUGCAACUUACGGCCGAGAUCAACAGAGCAAGCGGGCCUCAGGGACGAUGUUUUGGACCACGUCUAACGAAUAUUCUGCAAACCGUGCAGCAAUUUGCCGCCUUGGGAGAUGUCGUGGUUGGUGGGACCCAGAACCUGCUUGCCUGCGGUGUAUGGUCUCUAGUCAGAAUGACUUUCUUAGUAUGA